CGAGAAAGAAAACGGAGAAAAAAAUAGUAUUUAACAAACGUCACAAUUUUUUUUUAUUAGAAUCGGUAAAAUCUACACAGCGUUUAGCUCAACCCUAGGAAGCUUCACGCCGGUUUCUCAAAGCUUCGCUAUUUCUCGGUUCUCUACUCUCUCUCUCUCUCUCUCUCUCUCUCCGCGCCGCGCUCUCUCUCUCUAAACUUAGCUCAGCCUAUCGAUUAAUUCCUCUCCGGAAUAAGGAAAUUUCACCUCGAUUUAUUGAUUAGUCGGAAGAAUUCGGAACCAAUUCUGAACCAGACCUGAAAUUUUCCAAUGGGGCGGAAGAAGCCGAGUGCUCGAGGUGGAGAUGCUGAGCAGCAACCUCCUGCGUCAUCUCUCGUUGGUGCUACUAAAUCUAAGAAGAAAGGUGCUCAAAUUGAUGACGAUGAGUACUCAAUAGGUACUGAGUUGUCUGAGGAGUCUAAAGUUGAGGAAGAGAAGGUUGUUGUUAUCACUGGGAAGAAGAAGGGUAAGAAAGGUAAUAAGAAGGGUACGCAGCAGGAUGAUGAUGAUGAUUUUUCUGAUAAGGUUUCGGCUGCGGGGGUGAAAGACGAUGUUCCUGAGAUAGCUUUUGUUGGGAAGAAGAAGUCGAAAGGUAAGAAGGGCGGUGGUUCUGUUAGCUUUGCCUUGCUUGAUGAUGAAGAUGAGAAGGAGGAUAAUGAAUCUGAUGGUGACAAAGAUGAUGAGCCAGUUAUAAGUUUUACGGGUAAGAAGCAUGCGUCUAAGAAGGGUAAAAAAGGCGGUAAUUCAUUUGCCGCUUCAGCUUUUGAUGCACUUGGUAGUGAUGAUGAUGAUACAGAGGAAGUGCACGAAGAUGAGGAAGAAGAGUCUCCUAUCACCUUCUCUGGUAAGAAAAAGAAGUCAUCUAAGUCUUCGAAGAAGAACACUAACUCGUUUACCGCUGAUUUGCUCGAUGAAGAAGAAGGGACUGAUGCUUCAAACUCUAGAGACGACGAAAAUACAAUUGAAGAUGAAGAGAGCCCUGAAGUAACGUUUUCAGGUAAGAAGAAAUCUUCUAAAAAGAAGGGCGGCAGUGUUUUGGCCUCAGUAGGUGAUGACUCAGUUGCAGACGAAACUAAAACUUCUGAUACUAAGAAUGUGGAGGUUGUGGAAACUGGAAAGAGUAAGAAAAAGAAGAAGAAUAACAAGAGUGGAAGGACAGUACAGGAAGAGGAAGAUUUGGACAAACUUCUUGCAGCACUUGGAGAAACCCCUGCUGCUGAAAGACCUGCUUCAUCUACGCCUGUAGAAGAGAAAGCAGCUCAGCCUGAGCCAGUUGCACCUGUGGAGAAUGCUGGUGAGAAGGAAGGAGAAGAAGAGACUGCUGCUGCGAAGAAAAAGAAAAAGAAGAAGGAGAAAGAGAAGGAGAAAAAAGCAGCAGCUGCUGCUGCAGCAACCUCUUCUGUAGAGGUUAAGGAGGAAAAACAAGAAGAAUCAGUAACUGAGCCACUACAGCCGAAGAAGAAGGAUGCAAAGGGUAAAGCAGCAGAGAAGAAAAUUCCUAAACAUGUUAGAGAGAUGCAAGAGGCUCUUGCUCGUCGGCAAGAAGCUGAAGAGCGAAAAAAGAAGGAAGAAGAAGAAAAAUUGAGGAAGGAGGAAGAGGAGCGCCGCAGGCAGGAAGAGCUUGAGGCUCAAGCUGAGGAGGCUAAGCGUAAGAGAAAGGAAAAGGAAAAGGAGAAACUGUUGAGGAAGAAGCUAGAGGGCAAGCUUCUAACAGCAAAGCAAAAGACUGAAGCUCAAAAGAGGGAGGCUUUUAAGAACCAGUUACUUGCUGCUGGUGGAGGUCUUCCUGUUGCAGAUAAUGAUGGUGAUGCUACUUCCUCAAAGCGUCCCAUUUACGCCAACAAGAAAAAAUCAUCUCGCCAGAAAGGCAUUGACACUUCUGUUCAGGGGGAAGAUGAGGUAGAGCCAAAAGAGAAUCAAGCAGAUGAACAAGAUACUUUAGGUGAAGUGGGUUUAACAGACACUGGAAAGGUUGAUUUAAUAGAGUUAGUAAACACAGACGAAAAUUCAGGACCUGCUGAUGUAGCUCAGGAAAAUGGGGUUGAGGAAGAUGACGAAGAAGAUGAAUGGGAUGCGAAAAGCUGGGGUACGGUCGAUCUUAACCUUAAAGGUGAUUUUGAUGACGAGGAGGAAGAAGCUCAGCCUGUGGUUAAGAAAGAAUUAAAGGAUGCUAUAUCAAAGGCGCAUGAUUCAGAACCUGAAGCUGAAAAACCAACAGCUAAACCAGCAGGUACAGGCAAACCACUAAUAGCUGCCGUAAAAGCUACACCUGAAGUGGAAGAUGCUACACGGACAAAACGUGCUACCCGAGCAAAAGAUGCCUCUAAGAAGGGUAAAGGCUUAGCUCCAAGUGAAUCUAUUGAGGGUGAAGAAAAUCUCCGCUCUCCCAUUUGCUGCAUCAUGGGUCAUGUCGAUACUGGUAAGACAAAGCUGUUGGAUUGCAUCAGAGGAACAAAUGUACAGGAAGGCGAGGCUGGAGGUAUUACUCAGCAGAUUGGUGCAACAUAUUUCCCAGCUGAAAACAUCCGAGAGAGGACCAAGGAACUGAAAGCCGAUGCAAAACUCAAGGUGCCAGGUUUAUUAGUUAUUGAUACACCUGGCCACGAGUCCUUCACGAAUCUGCGGUCAAGAGGUUCAAGUUUGUGUGACCUUGCAAUUUUGGUGGUGGACAUAAUGCAUGGGUUAGAGCCACAAACCAUAGAAUCUCUAAAUCUUUUGAGGAUGAGGAAUACAGAGUUCAUUGUUGCAUUGAAUAAGGUGGAUAGGCUAUAUGGAUGGAAAACAUGCAAGAAUGCUCCUAUCGUGAAGGCAAUGAAGCAGCAAAAUAAAGAUGUUAUAAAUGAAUUUAACUUGAGGCUGAAAAAUAUUAUAAACGAGUUCCAGGAGCAAGGACUUAACACUGAGCUUUAUUACAAGAAUAAAGACAUGGGAGACACUUUCAGUAUUGUUCCUACUAGUGCUAUUAGUGGAGAAGGGGUCCCAGAUCUCUUGCUGUGGUUGGUUCAAUGGGCUCAGAAAACAAUGGUUGAGAAACUUACAUAUGUUGACGAAGUGCAGUGUACUGUACUUGAGGUCAAAGUUAUUGAAGGCCAUGGUACAACGAUUGAUGUUGUGUUGGUAAACGGUGAACUCCAUGAAGGUGAUCAAAUCGUCGUUUGUGGGCUACAGGGACCUAUUGUCACAACAAUUAGAGCAUUACUGACCCCGCAUCCAAUGAAGGAGUUACGGGUGAAGGGUACUUAUCUGCAUUACAAAGAAAUAAAGGCUGCACAGGGUAUCAAGAUUACUGCCCAGGGCCUUGAACACGCAAUUGCUGGUACUGCCCUGCAUGUGGUUGGACCUGAUGAUGACAUCGAGGCAAUUAAGGAGUCGGCUAUGGAAGAUAUGGAGUCGGUUUUGAGCAGAAUUGACAAAAGUGGCGAAGGAGUUUAUGUACAAGCGUCUACAUUAGGGUCAUUAGAAGCAUUGCUUGAAUACUUGAAGUCCCCAGCUGUAAAGAUACCUGUAAGUGGUAUUGGCAUAGGGCCUGUGCAUAAGAAGGAUGUAAUGAAGGCAGGAGUUAUGCUCGAGAGAAAAAAGGAAUAUGCUACAAUUUUGGCUUUUGAUGUGAAAGUUACUACAGAGGCUCGUGAACUUGCAGACGAAAUGGGAGUUAAGAUCUUCUGCGCUGAUAUCAUCUAUCAUCUAUUUGAUCUGUUUAAGGCUUACAUUGAGAAUAUCAAAGAGGAGAAAAAGAAGGAAUCAGCCGAUGAGGCAGUCUUCCCAUGUGUCCUUCAGAUUUUACCUAACUGUGUGUUCAAUAAGAAAGACCCAAUAGUCCUUGGAGUUGAUGUCAUCGAGGGUAUACUUAAGAUUGGAACCCCCAUUUGCGUCCCUGGCAGAGAGUUCAUCGAUAUUGGCCGAAUUGCCUCGAUUGAGAAUAACCACAAGCCUGUUGACUAUGCAAAGAAGGGCAACAAGGUGGCAAUAAAGAUUGUUGGUUCGAAUGCUGAAGAACAGAAGAUGUUUGGAAGGCACUUUGACAUGGAAGAUGAGCUAGUGAGUCACAUAUCGAGGAGAUCUAUCGACAUACUAAAAUCUAACUACCGGGAUGAAUUAUCGUUGGAAGAAUGGAAGCUAGUAGUGAAACUGAAGAACAUCUUCAAGAUACAGUAGGAGAUUCAAAUGUCUACUUUGGAGCUUGAAACACUCUCACAUGCCUUGUUAUGCCGUGUCUGCGUCGAUGCAGAACAAAUAGAUUCGUCUUCCUGCUUCUAGCGGAGAAGCCUUCACAGAAGAUUUGAAAGAGAGACAAGAGAGAGUUUUUGUUUUUGGUUUAUUUUCUUUCUUUUUUUGGUCUUUCUCCCUGAAAAGUGCUGAAUAAUUGGUUCAUGAACCUUCAUGCUGGCAAAUUGCAGGGGAAAGAAGAGCCUUGGGUCUUGAGAUAUACCACAUAUCAUCUUUAUAUAUGCUUUUUUUGACUUAUUUCCAUUUUUGUUGACAAAGGAAAAUAUUCGAAUAAAUGUUUUUGUCCAAUUACUAUGUUCUCUGUGGUGUCAAAUCUUGAGUUUCCGUUAAGGGAAAAUACUUACAAAAAUGAAUUAUCACAUCUAAUAUCAAGUUACAGUCAUGAAGUUUUG